AUGGAAUUGAAGAGUGGCAUAAGGAAUAGGAGUUACAAAAGUGGACAGCUGGGCUCUGGGCUGACGUGGGGGAAGCCAGGCAUUGAAGUCAGAGGAGAUGGACAGGACAAUGAAAUACACAUAAAGGAACCCAUAGAAAAGGAAGUAAAUCCUCACUUAUUACCAGGUGAACUGCUGCUUUGCGAGGCAAGCACGGUAUACAAGUAUAUACAAGAAGAUGGGUCAAAUCGUGGCACCUAUGGGAAACUUGUAUGCACAAACUUCAAGAUUGCUUUCCUUGACGAUGAUUCUGCUUCAGAUGAUAAUGAGCCACAAUUUAAGAAUAAGAUCGUAGGAGAAAAUGACAUAACCCUGCAAUGUGUAGAUCAAAUCUAUGGAGUUUAUGAUGAGAAAAAGAAACUCCUAACUGGACAACUGAGAAAAUACCCAGAGAAGCUGAUUAUCUACUGUAAAGACCUUAGAGUAUUUCAUUUCUGCCUGAGAUACACAAAAGAAGAGGAAGUGAAAAGAAUCGUCAGUGGUAUAGUUCAUCAUAGCCAGACUCCUAAGCUGCUUAAACGCUUGUUUCUGUUCUCUUAUGCAUCAGCUGCCCCAAACAACACAGGUGGAAGAAACCAAACUGUGAUGUUUGAUACUCUUGAGGACUGGCGUGAUGAAUUGGAGCGGACCAAAGGGAAUGUGAAAUACAAAGCAGUGACUACCAAUGAAGGCUACAGAGUCUCUGAAAAGCUGCCUUUGUAUUUUGUUGUUCCCAUAUGCGUUUCUGAAGAGAGUAUCUUGAAGAUUUGGUGUUGGUCUUGCCAUAACGGUGCUGCUCUUCUCAAAAUGUCUGCAUUUCCCAAAGAACAGGAUGACAUCACUUCACAAACACAAAAAGCCUUCUUGGAUGGAAUCUAUAAGACAAUUAGCAAACCUCCCUAUGAACUCCUGAAGAUGGAUGACUUGUCAAGCAGCCUUCCAUCUCUGCAAGAUAUCCAGAUUGCAUACACAAGAUUUAAACAGCUGUUUUUGAUAGAUAACAGUACAGACUUCUGGGCAACUGAUGUGAAAUGGUUUUCAUUACUGGAGAGCACAAACUGGCUAGAGAUAAUCAGGCGAGUCUUGAAGAAAGCAAUAGAAGUUGCUGAGUGUCUGGAAAGACAGCAUACAAACGUUCUCCUUAUAGAAGAGAGUGCUACUGAUCUGUGCUGUGUAAUCUCUAGCCUGGUUCAAGUGAUGAUGGAUUCAUACAGCAGAACAAAGUCAGGGUUUCAGAGCCUUAUUCAGAAGGAGUGGGUAAUUGGAGGACACGGCUUUUUGGAUCGUUGUAACCACUUGCAUAAAAGUGACAAAGAAGAGGCUCCUGUUUUUCUGCUCCUGCUAAAUUGUGUUUGGCAGUUGGUACAACAGUAUCCUCCAGCAUUUGAGUUCACAGAAACUUACUUAACUGUCUUGUCAGACAGCCUCUAUGUGCCUAUUUUUAGCACUUUCUUCUUCAACUCGCAACAUCAAAAAGACACUAAUAUGAGUGGUGAAAGCCUCAAGACACAAAGCACUCCUUUCAGAUUUCUUACUGUGUGGGACUGGUCUGUGCAGUUUGACCCCAAGGCCCAGGCUUUCCUGAACAACCCUCUUUAUGCAGAGAAGCCAAAACUAGAUAAAAGUCAACGGAAAACUGCGCGAUUCAAACAUCAACGGCAACUUUCUUUACCACUGACGCAAACAAAAUCUUCCUCGAAGAGAGGAUUUUUCAGGGAGGAAACAGAUCAUUUAAUUAAAAACAUUCUGGGUAAAAGAAUUGGCAAGUUCAUAAAUUCUUCAGAUGAACCUCCUAAUAGCUUCAGGGAAUUCUAUGACAGCUGGCACAGUAAACCUGUUGACUAUCACGGUCUUCUGUUACCUCGCAUCGAUGGCCCUGAAAUCAAAGUCUGGGCACAACGGUAUUUACGAUGGAUUCCUGAAGCCCAGCUUCAUGGUGGUGGUACAAUAGCCACAGCUGCCAAGAUUUUGGACUUGAUGGAGGAAGUGCAAAGCUUGCAGGUGAAAAUGGAUGAAGAACAUAGUCAAGCUGUUUCUGGAGAUGUACAUUCUGUUCCAAUGCUGAGAAAUUCUGCCCGUUUGUCAUCCUUGUUUCCAUUUGCUUUACUUCAGAGACAGUCUAUCAAACCAGCUUUACCCACUAGCACCUGGAAGGACUUGGAAGAUGAAGAUGACUUGGUCAAGAGGGAUGAUGAAUUUGUUGAUCUAAGUGGUGAUAUGUGAUAAAGUAUAUAUAAAUUAAAGUAUGAAUUGUAUGUGGCUAAGCUCUGAGUUUUAAAUGUUGUGCUGUGUCUUCAUAUAAGGAAGUCACUCAAGCAUCUGCAGGCUGUUUAAUGGGUGCGUGGGGUCAAAAAAACCCCUUGGUUGGAAAGAACUAGUUGCCGUGAUUAACUGAGCGUAUUUUGAACUUCCAUUUCACUCUAACGUUAUUUACUGCAGAAACACAUUUUUAGUAUAGGUGUAAUAAGAACAGAAGUCUAGGCUGGAGCAGCCAUAUGGCCACUUUGUUUAGAAAAAGAAAAACAAACAAGAAAAAAAUUUCUGAUAUAAAGGUGGAAUACCAAACACAUACAGCAACAAUCGCUAUCUGAACAUAAAAUCUCUUCCCCUUAUCCUAAGAGUACUAGGAUUGGAAGUACUGUGACUGGGAACUUAACACAUCUGUGUUUCCUCCUCCAGGGGAAGGUGCAACUAAAUGUGCAUUCACAAAUAAGCUUUUUACAGCUGAGGAAUAAACUUGUGGUCACUAGGGGUUUUCUGUCUACUGUGGCAUCGACUGAAGUCAUGUGCUUGUUGACCUCAUCUUUUCUGACAGUGUUUAUCUUUGGCUUGCAGCACUUCACCUUGUGUGGUAUUAUAAUAGCAGCUUGGCUGCUCUAAGCCUGUGCAUGCACUUAGCUUACGGAUCAGAUGCAAGAGUUUAACUACACAUUUCAAGUCUUAUUGUGUGGCUGCUGUGCUAUACACCCUUGCUGCCUUGGAAUAUAAGUCCCACAGGUUUGCUGUUAAUUGUAAGAAAUGGCCUGACUCCGAGAUUCUAAUUUGCCAUGAGUAUUUUCUCUCCUUUUAAUACAGUGAGACUUUCAUUUUGA